GGGGCCUGGGACCGCAGAGGGACUCGCAGCCAGGGCAGAGGUCGCAGAGCCCGGCCCACUUCGCCUGAGCUUGAGUCUUCGGAUGACUCUUAUGUGUCUGCUGGAGAAGAGCCCCUGGAGGCCCCUGUGUUUGAGAUCCCCUUGCAGGACGCGGUGGUGGCCCCAGGGGCGGAUGUGCUGCUCAAGUGUAUCAUCACCGCCAACCCCUCGCCCCAAGUGUCUUGGCAGAAGGAUGGGUCCACGCUGCGCAGUGAUGGCCACCUUCUCAUCCGGGCGGAGGGCGAGCGGCACACCCUGCUGCUUCGGGAGGCCCGGUCGGCUGAUGCUGGGAACUACACGGCCAUCGCUACCAAUGAGCUGGGCCAGGCCAGCUGCGCUGCCACGCUGGCUGUGAGACCUGGUGGGUCCACAUCCCCUUUCAGUAGCCCCAUCACCUCUGACGAAGAGUACCUGAGCCCCCCAGAGGAGUUCCCGGAGCCUGGGGAGACCUGGCCCCAACCCCCCACCAUGAAGCUCAGUCCCAGCCAGAACCGCCGCUCCUCAGAUGCUGGCUCCAAGGCGCCCCCCACCUUCAAGGUCUCCCUUAUGGACCAGUCAGUAAGAGAAGGCCAAGAUGUUACCAUGAGCAUCCGUGUGCAGGGGGAGCCCAAGCCAGUGGUCUCCUGGCUGAGAAACCGCCAGCCCGUGCGCCCAGACAAGCGGCGCUUCGCUGAGGAGGCAGAGGGUGGGCUGUGCCGCCUGCGGAUCCUGGCUGCUGAGCGGGGUGACGCCGGCUUCUACACUUGCAAAGCAGUUAACGAGUAUGGCGCUCGGCAGUGCGAGGCCCGCCUGGAGGUCCGAGCACACCCUGAGAGCCGGUCCCUGGCCGUGCUGGCCCCCCUGCAGGACGUGGACGUGGGGGCCGGGGAAAUGGCGCUGUUUGAGUGCCUGGUGGCAGGUCCUGCAGACGUGGAGGUGGACUGGCUGUGCCGUGGCCGCCUGCUGCAGCCCGCGCUGCUCAAAUGCAAGAUGCAUUUCGAUGGUCGGAAAUGCAAGCUGCUGCUCACCUCCGUGCACGAGGACGACAGUGGCGUCUACACCUGCAAGCUCAGCACGGCCAAAGAUGAGCUGACCUGCAGCGCCCGGCUGACGGUGCGGCCCUCACUGGCGCCCUUGUUCACACGGCUGCUGGAGGAUUUGGAGGUGCUGGAAGGCCGCACGGCCCGCUUCGACUGCAAGAUCAGUGGCACCCCACCCCCCUCUGUGACCUGGACCCAUUUUGGCCGCGCCGUGGAGGAGAGUGAGAACUUGCGUCUGCGGCAGGAUGGGGGGCUGCACUCACUGCACAUUGCCCAUGUGGGCAGUGAGGACGAGGGGCUCUACGCAGUCAGUGCCACCAACACCCAUGGCCAGGCCCACUGCUCGGCCCAGCUCUACGUGGAGGAGCCUCGGACAGCCGCCACUGGCCCCAGCUCGAAGCUGGAGAAGAUGCCAUCCAUCCCUGAGGAGCCAGAGCAUGGUGAGCUGGAGCGGCUGUCCAUGCCCGACUUCCUGCGGCCGCUGCAGGACCUGGAAGUGGGACUGGCCAAGGAGGCCAUGCUGGAGUGCCAGGUGACUGGCCUGCCCUAUCCCACCAUCAGCUGGUUCCACAAUGGCCACCGUAUCCAGAGCAGUGAUGACCGGCGCAUGAUGCAGUACAGGGAUGUCCAUCGAUUGGUGUUCCCUGCUGUGGGGCCUCAGCAUGCUGGUGUCUACAAGAGUGUCAUCGCCAACAAGCUGGGCAAAGCUGCCUGCUAUGCCCACCUCUAUGUCACAGAUGUGGUUCCAGGCCCCCCAGAUGGUGCCCCACAGGUGGUGGCUGUGACUGGGAGGAUGAUCACCCUCACAUGGAACCCCCCCAGGAGUCUGGACAUGGCCAUCGACCCGGACGCCCUGACCUAUACCGUGCAGCACCAGGUGCUGGGCUCAGACCAGUGGACAGCGCUGGCCACGGGCCUGCGGGAGCCUGGAUGGUCAGCCACAGGUCUGCGUAAGGGGGUUCGGCACAUUUUCCGGGUCCUCAGUGCCACCAUCAAGAGCAGCAGCAAACCAUCACCCCCUUCUGAGCCUGUGCAGCUGCUGGAGCGAGGCCCACCCCUGGAGGAGGCGCCCGCUGUGCUGGACAAGCCAGACAUCGUGUAUGUGGUGGAGGGACAGCCUGCCAGUGUCACCGUCACCUUCAACCACGUGGAGGCCCAGGUCGUCUGGAGGAGCUGCCGAGGGGCCCUCCUAGAGGCGCGGGCAGGGGUGUACGAGUUGAGUCAGCCAGAUGACGACCAGUACUGUCUUCGGAUCUGCCGGGUUAGCCGCCGGGACAUGGGGCCCAUCACCUGCACUGCCCGCAACCGUCACGGCACACAGGCCUGUUCGGUCACACUGGAACUGGCAGAGGCCCCUCGGUUUGAGUCCAUCAUGGAGGACGUGGAGGUGGGGGCUGGGGAAACCGCUCGCUUUGCUGUGGUGGUUGAGGGGAAACCACUGCCGGACGUCAUGUGGUACAAGGAUGAGGUGCUACUGACUGAGAGCAGCCACGUGAGCUUCGUGUAUGAGGAGAAUGAGUGCUCCCUGGUGGUGCUCAGCUCGGGCGCCCAGGACGGAGGCGUCUACACCUGCACUGCCCGGAACCUGGCUGGAGAAGUCUUCUGCAAAGCAGAGUUGGCCGUGCGUUCAGCUCAGACAGCUAUGGAGGUAGAUGGGGCCCGGGAAGAUGAGGAACAGCGAGGAAAGAGACUCAGCGACUUUUAUGACAUCCACCAGGAGAUCGGCAGGGGUGCCUUCUCCUACCUGCGGCGUGUGGUGGAGCGUAGCUCUGGCCUGGAGUUUGCAGCCAAGUUCAUCCCCAGCCAGGCCAAGCCAAAGGCAUCAGCGUGGCGGGAGGCUCGGCUACUAGCCCGGCUCCAGCAUGACUGUGUCCUCUACUUCCAUGAGGCCUUCGAGAGGCGUCGGGGGCUGGUCAUUGUCACUGAGCUUUGCACAGAGGAGCUGCUGGAGCGAAUGGCUAGGAAGCCCACCGUGUGUGAGUCUGAGAUCCGGGCCUACAUGCUACAGGUGCUCGAGGGGAUAUGCUAUCUGCAUCAGAACCAUGUGCUGCACCUGGAUGUCAAGCCUGAGAACCUGCUAGUGUGGGAUGGUGCCGAGGGUGAAGAGCAGGUGAGGAUCUGUGACUUCGGGAAUGCCCAGGAGGUGACUCCGGGAGAGCCCCAGUACUGCCAGUACGGCACACCUGAGUUUGUGGCGCCCGAGAUUGUCAACCAGACCCCUGUAUCUGGAGUCACUGACAUCUGGCCCGUGGGCGUCGUUGCCUUCCUCUGCCUGACGGGAAUCUCCCCGUUUGUUGGGGAAAACGAUCGGACAACAUUAAUGAACAUCCGAAACUACAAUGUGGCCUUUGAGGAGAACACGUUCCUGAGCCUGAGCAGGGAGGCCCGUGGCUUCCUCAUCAAAGUGCUGGUGCAGGACCGGCUGAGGCCUACCGCAGAGGAGACCCUAGAACAUCCUUGGUUCAAAACACAGGCAAAGGGCGCAGAGGUGAGCACGGAUCACCUGAAGCUAUUCCUCUCCCGGCGGAGGUGGCAGCGCUCCCAGAUCAGCUACAAGUGCCACCUGGUACUGCGCCCCAUCCCUGAGUUGCUGCGGGCACCCCCCGAGCGGGUGUGGGUGGCUGUGCCUAGAAGACCGCCACCCAGCGGGGGGCUCUCGUCCUCCUCUGACUCUGAAGAGGAGGAGCUGGAGGAGCUACCCUCAGUGCCCCGACCACUGCAGCCCGAGUUCUCGGGCUCUCGAGUGUCCCUCACCGACAUUCCCACUGAGGAUGAGGCCCUGGGGACCCUGGAGGCUGGGGCUGCCACCCCUAUGGAGUGGCAGGAGCAGGGAAGGGCCACCUCUCAGGACCAGCAGGCCCCGAGCCCUCCUGCCCUCCCCUCCCCAGGCCAGGAGCCCCCAGCUGGGCCCAGCCCCAAGCGGGGAGAGCUCCGCAGGGGCAGCUCAGCUGAGAGCGCCCUGCCCCUGGCCGGGCCACGGGAGCCGGGCCGGGGCCUGCAAAAGGCAGCAUCUGUGGAGCUGCCACAGCGCCGGAGCCCCAGCCCGGGGACCGCCCGCCUGACCCGGGGAGGCCUGGGUGAGGGUGAGUAUGCCCAGAGGCUUCAGGCCCUGCGCCAGCGGCUGCUGCGGGGAGGCCCUGAGGAUGGCAAGGUCAGUGGCCUCAGGGGUCCCUUGCUAGAGAGCCUGGGGAGCCGUGCCCGGGACCCCCGGCUGGCACGAGCUGCCUCCAGCGAAGCAGCACCCCACCACCAGCCUCCCCCAGAGACUCGGGGCCUACAGAAGAGCAGUAGCUUCUCACAGGGUGAGGCAGAACCCCGGGGCCGGCACCGCCGAGCCGGGGCACCGCUUGAGAUCCCUGUGGCCCGACUUGGGGCCCGCAAACUACAGGAGUCUCCCUCCUUGUCUGCCCUCAGUGAGACCCAGCCACCCAGCCCUGUACGGCCCAGUGCCCCGAAAGCCAGUGCCCGCAAACCCAGUGCCCCCAAGUCUUCAGAACCUCCUGCCACCAAACCUAGUGAUGCUUCUCAGCCCUUGGCAUCCCAGCCUGCCCAAGAGAAGGCCCAGGAGGUCAAGGCAGAACCAGUCCCAGCCCCCAAACCGACACAGCCUCCCGUGGCCCUGCAAACCCCAGCGCUCCCGCUCACACCCUAUGCUCAGAUCAUUCAGUCAUUGCAGCUGGCGGGCCACAGGCAAGGCCCUCCCCAGGGCCCGGCCACACCUCCAACGGAGCCCAAGUCCCACCCCGCGGUGUUCGCCAGGGUGGCCUCCCCACCCCCGGGAGCCUCUCCCAAACUCCCCAAGAUCCUCCCACACAACCAGCUGGCCGCCCAGGCCGGCGCCACCACACCUUCCGAGGAGUCCCUGGGCUCCGAGGCCAGCGCCACGUCGGGCGGCUCAGCCCCUGGGGAAAGCCGGAGCCGGCUGCGCUGGGGCCUCUCUCGGCUGAGGAAAGACAAGGGCUCGUCACAGCCAAACCUCUCUGCCAGCGUCCAGGAGGAUUUGGGUCACCAGUAUGUGCCCAGUGAAUCAGACUUCCCCCCAGUCUUCCACAUCAAACUCAAGGACCAGGUGCUGCUGGAGGGAGAGGCAGCUACCCUGCUCUGCCUGCCGGCAGCCUGCCCUGCACCCCGCAUCUCCUGGAAGAAAGACAAGCAGUCCCUGCGGUCAGAGCCCUCAGUGGUCAUCGUGUCCUGCAAAGAUGGACGGCAGCUGCUGAGCAUCCCCCGGGCGGGCAAGCGGCACGCGGGGCUCUAUGAGUGCUCAGCUACCAAUGUCCUGGGCAGUGUCACCAGCUCCUGUACCGUGGCUGUGGCCCGUGUCCCAGGGAAGCUAGCCCCUCCCGAGGUACCCCAGACCUACCAAGACACAGCGCUGGUGCUCUGGAAGCCAGGAGAUAGCCGGGCACCCUGCACGUACACGCUGGAGCGGCGGGUGGACGGGGAGUCUUCCUGGCACCCAGUGAGCUCAGGCAUCCUCGACUGUUACUACAAUGUGACCCACCUACCAAUCGGCGUGACGGUGAGGUUCCGUGUGGCCUGUGCCAACCGUGCAGGACAAGGGCCUUUCAGCAACCCUUCUGAGAAGGUCCUCGUCAGGGGCACACAAGAUUCCUCAGCUCUGCUACCUGCUGCUCACCGAGACACCCUUGUUACCUCAGGGCCAGCCAGGGCCCCGCCUCCGGACUCUCCUACCUCACUGGCCCCGUCCCCGACCACUGCUGCAGCUCCUGGUCCCCCAGGCCCCCAGUCAGCUGCUCUCAGCCCUGCAUCUCCCCCAACACCCCCCAGCCAGGCCUUGUCCUCCCUCAAGGCUGUGGGUCCACCACCCCAAACCCCCCCACGAAAGCACAGAGGCCUGCAGGCUGCCCGGCCAGCAGAGCCCUCCCCACCCAGUGCCCAGGUCACCCCAAGUAAACCCAAGUCUUCCGUCCCUAACACUGGGACCCCGACCCCAGCCUCCACUCCUCAAGGGGUUAAACCAGCGUCUUCCUCUACUCCCCUGUAUAUGGUGACGUCCUUUGUGUCUGCACCUCCAGCCCCCGAGCCCCCCGCCCCCGAGCCCCCUCCUGAGUCCACCAAAGUAACUGUUCAGACCCUCAGUUCAGCCAAGGAGAUGACCAGCUCCCCUGGCGUCAGUCCCCGCAGCUCUCCUGGGCCGGAGGGCACCUCUCUUCGGCAGGGCCCCCCUCAGAAACCCUACACCUUCCUGGAGGAGAAGGCCAGGGGGCGCUUUGGUGUAGUGCGUGCAUGCCGGGAGAAUGCCACCGGGCGGACGUUUGUGGCCAAGAUCGUGCCCUAUGCAGCUGAGGGCAAGCGGCGAGUCCUGCAGGAGUAUGAAGUGUUGCGAACGCUGCACCACGAGCGGCUCAUGUCCCUGCAUGAGGCCUACAUCACCCCACGUUACCUUGUGCUCAUCGCUGAGAGCUGUGGCAACCGGGAGCUCCUCUGUGGGCUCAGUGACAGGUUCCGAUAUUCAGAGGAUGAUGUGGCCACCUAUGUGGUGCAGCUGCUCCAAGGCCUGGACUACCUCCACGGCCGGCACGUGCUGCACCUGGACAUCAAGCCAGACAACCUGCUGCUGGCCUCUGACAACGCCCUCAAGAUCGUGGACUUCGGCAGUGCCCAGCCCUACAACCCCCAGGCCCUGCGGCCCCUUGGCCACCGCACGGGCACACUGGAGUUCAUGGCUCCUGAGAUGGUGAAGGGAGACCCCAUCGGCUCCGCCACAGACAUCUGGGGUGCGGGGGUGCUCACUUACAUCAUGCUCAGUGGACACUCUCCGUUCUAUGAGCCAGACCCCCAGGAAACAGAGGCUCGUAUUGUGGGGGGCCGCUUUGAUGCCUUCCAGUUGUACCCCAACACCUCCCAAAGCGCCACCCUCUUCUUGCGAAAGGUCCUCUCAGUACACCCCUGGAGCCGGCCCUCUCUGCAGGACUGCCUGGCCCACCCGUGGCUGCAGGACGCUUACCUGAUGAAGCUGCGCCGCCAGACGCUCACCUUCACCACCAACCGGCUCAAGGAGUUCCUGGGUGAGCAGCGGCGGCGCAGGGCCGAGGCCGCCACCCGUCACAAGGUGCUGCUCCGCUCCUACCCAGGCAGCUCCUAGUGGCUCGGACCACAGCCUGGCCCCGGGAUUCCACUCGGGGCUCCCGCGGAUGCUGCGGGACAUUCCAGGGCCCACGCUGAACUGGGUGGACUCAGGGCUUCGGACACCACCAGCAGAAAAAUCCAGCCGGGCUGUUACCUCAUGGACCUGUGGGGACAGAGGCCCCGGUUUCGGGGGCUUCGGCCAGUGCCACCAGGCCAGAGCCAGAGAGCCGGAGCCUCACUGGCCGGGCUGGGUGGAGUUGGAAGCAGGAAGAAGGGCAAGAACAGAAUGGGGAAGUGCGAGGAAGGGGUGGGAGACUGUAGGAAGGUUCUGGGAAUGGGGGACAGUGCAUCCAGGGGAAAGGAACCCAGGAGGGUGUGAGUGGAAAAGGAAGGAGCCCAGGGGGUCAAGGCCAUGGGCUGGGAGUGCCAGUGAAGCAGGGACAGGACAUGGGAUAGUGACAGGGUGCCAGAGGCAGCGUGUGAGAGAGGGCAGCAAGAUAGGGGAGGGAGAGGAGAGAGGACUCAGGUGGGGAUGGGAUGGGCCAGCUGCCAGCAUCCCAUUGAAGAAUUGUGGAGGGCUGGAGGCAGGAGGCAGUGGUCACUCAACCCAGUGCUCUCCUGUUGCACUCCAGUGAGUGCAGCUCUGGGCUCUGUGUUGGCCCAAGGAUGUCCCCACUGGCCCUCCAUGGCCUUUGCCCUUCUUCCCAUUCAUAUUUAUUUAUUUAUUGACUUUUAUGAAGUUUUCCUUCCACCCAAUCCUAAUUGCUCAUGUUGUCCUGACCAUCCCCCUCCACCCAAGCCAUCCAGCUGUCUGUGCAGCUGUCUGUCUGUCUGUCACAAGGGAAAUAAAAAUAGCAAGCAGCAGGA